AGAAAAUGGUGAGAAUCAGUGUACUCAACGAUGCUCUCAAGGGGAUGAACAAUGCCGAGAAACGUGGCAAGAGACAGGUCAUGAUCAGGCCCUCUUCUAAAGUCAUAAUUAAGUUUCUUACCGUCAUGCAGAAGCACGGCUACAUCGGUGAGUUUGAGUAUGUUGAUGACCACCGAUCUGGCAAAAUCGUUGUCGAAUUGAACGGAAGGUUGAACAAGUGUGGUGUUAUUAGCCCUCGUUUUGAUGUUGGUGUUAAGGAGGUUGAAAGUUGGACUGCUCGUCUGCUUCCUUCCAGACAGUUUGGAUACAUUGUUCUAAGUACUUCCGCUGGCAUUAUGGACCAUGAUGAGGCCAGGAGAAAGAAUGUUGGAGGCAAGGUUCUCGGCUUCUUCUAUUGA